UAUCGAACAUCUAAGUGGCCUUCAUGUCUUUAUCUGAGAACAAGGAAUUUAAAUCAAAAACUGAGCUCGACCCAAGGCAUCGUAACAGAAAAACAAGAAAUAUCAAACUUUACAUUUUGUUAAUAAGCGUUAAUAUCAUGUACUAUGGACAUCAUAAGGCAAUUAAUCUUCCUAGUCCUUGUAGUCAUGACGCUAGUGGCACUAACUUACGCAAUUCCAUGUGGCGAGAACCACAACAAUUAUUCGAUGACCAAAGAACAAUGCGACCAGUGUGAUAAUCGGAGAUGGUUGUCCGGUGACGGCAAUUGUCAGCUGUGUCCGUUCUGUUUCCCAGGAAAAGGAUUAUCGCAAGCGUGUGGGAACGGACACGGGCAUGAUGAGCAAAUUGACUGCAUCUCAUGUGACCCUACCAAACAUUUGUAUAGCAACAAAUAUGAUGCUGAACAAUGCAAGGAAGGUCCACAUUGCAAUGACUUUAACCGUGCCUACAAGGAAAAACCCACAUCAACAUCUUCAGCGAUCUGUGGUCACUGUUUAGACGGCUUUUUUAUUCCAAAAGAUAUGCACUUUUCACCAAAUCGUCUCACUGAAUGUGACCCAUGUACACUUGCAGUCUCUGCAGAAGAUAUGCAGACGUGUAGCAACAAUGAAACCAGCACAACUUCAAGGGAACCCGACCCUAAUUCGGAUUUUCAAAUAGUCAUCGCUGGAUCCGUUAUUUGUGUCCUCAUUGCAUGUACUAUAUUUACCACCUGGAGAUGGAAACCCAGUUUAUUUCAAUUGUGUAUAUGUAGGGAUUUAUUUCACAGAAAUAAAUCAGACUGUACAUCGUAUGUAGAAGAGGGCUUGCUUGAAAAUGAACAUAGUAAAGAUAUAGAAGACACUGGCGGUCGUAUUCCCAGCGAAGUUCAACAACGACCAUCGAAAAUUGAACUCGACAAUGGCGAACAACAAGUUAUCCAUGUUGCCAAUGGUGAUAAAGGUUUUGGAAAGGAGGAUGUUUCAGAAAAUAAUUUGGCUGCUCAAACAGAAGGUACGAAGAUAACAUCGACCGCGACAAAAAUUACAGAACGCGGCAACGAUUUGGCAAUUGAAGACCAAGCCAAUCAAGAAUAAACAACAUAAA